AUUUUGUACGUCGGCGUGGUGGUUUGGCGCCAGCAAUUUCGCGGGGCAAGAAGAGCACAAGAGAAGAAGGAAACUACAUUAUUGAACAUUAAAAAAGUGAAGGGCCAUCGACACAAACACCCAGCUCACAGUGGACUGGGAGGCCUGUGGUUUUAGUGGUUUUCAUGGUGUGUUUGAGUCCUUUCUGCUUCUUGCGUUUCUUCCUCCGAGAUCUGGAUAAAGUGGAGGGUGAACGCAGCUCUACUUAAAACUCAGAGUCCUCGAGGAGGGGAGUAAUAAUAAUGAUGGCUUCGGCGGAGCCUCCGAGCGGCUCGAGCCUCCUCCCCCUGCUGGAGUCUCUGGAGGACGCCGCUGUGGGACAGUCGGAGAAGACGGACGCCUACCUCACCAUCGCAAGUCGGCUCAGUGGAGACGAGGGCCGACAGUUUCUCCCUGCCGUUGAAAAGCACUUUCCUCGUUUGGGCAAAUCCAUCUUGGCUCAUGUAACCGGUCCGAAUGCAGAGCUGAGCCAAGCCGCCCUGCAGGCAUUAGGAUUUUGUUUGUAUCAUUCUCACGUCAGCGCUGCAGUGCCUGAAACCUUCGCAGCAGACCUACUUUCAGCACUUUGCUCCCUGGUGGUAAAGGGGACAGAUAAGAACACAUGCAUCCGAGCAUUAUGGGUAAUCUCCAAACAGAGCUUUCCUCCAGAGAUGGUGGGCAAAAAGGUGUCGUCCAUACUGGGAGCUCUGGAGAGCGUGUUGGGCAGAGAGGACAUCCAGUCUGUGGUGCUGGAGCACGAGGCCUUAAACGUUAUCAUCAGGUUGCUGGAGCAGGUCCCGGCUCAGAUGGGCGAGGGGGCGCUGCGCUGGGCGAGGCUGGUCAUCCCGCUGGUGGUGCACUCCGCCUCUAAAGUGCGUCUCCGGGCAGCAGCAGCCUUAGAGACGGGCCUCCCUCUGCUGCUGGAGAAACAGACCGAGGUGGCGGCCAUUAUCGAGCCCAUGAUGUCCACUAAACUGAUCCCAGAGCUGCAGAAGCUUUUCGUGUCCAAGAAUGAAACAAACGUCCUGAAGCUCUGGCCCUUAUUUAUAAAACUGCUGGGGAAGAUGCUGCACAGAGGCGGCCCCUUCAUCAACUCUCUGCUCCACCUGGAGGAGCUGGGUUUCCGCAGCUCGUCCCCGACCAUCAAGAAGAUCGCCUUCAUCGCCUGGAAGAGCCUCAUCGAUAACUUUGCUCUAAAUCCAGACAUCCUGUGCAGCAGUAAGCGUAUGAAGCUCCUCAUGCAGCCGCUGGCCUCCAUCAACGUGCGGACGGAGGUCCUGAUGCUCACCAAGGUGGAGGUGUGGUGGUACCUGGUGGUCCAACUCGGGCCAAACCUGGCACCCAACUUUGAUCAGGUUUCUGUUCCUCUGCUCCAAUGCACCAUCGGGUCUGAGUCCUCUUCAGUCCCAGGAACUCCCUCUAGACCUGUGGGUCAGAACGGUGCCGCCCCACCUGGAACUCCAAAGACCGGCGGCACUCCAGGCUUCAACAGCUCGGCCAACACGUCUCGGAUGAGUCUGAACUCCAGCGUCCACGUCUUCUGCAGCUUCCCCUCCAUCCAGCUGCUGGGCCUGGAGAUGCUGCUACACUACUUCCUGGGACCGGAGGUUACUGCUGCAGCGGCCAAGAACAAACUCACCCUCAGUCUCGAGCCCUUGAACCACCCUCUCCUCUCUGGUUCUUCCUCUUUCACUAAACAUGCCGCUGUGCUCACCUCCAACCUCAGAGACGGAUUCAUCAACAUCGGCAAAGACGCUCCAGAUUCUCUUCUCUCCGUCUUAUGGACGAAUCUCGUCCGGUUUGUCAACUUAUCUAUAGAGUCCGCAGGCAGUAAGAAGGAUCGUCACGGAGGGGAAGUCCUGACUCUGAUGCUCCAGGCUCUGCAGAGCAUCGUCGCCUCAGAAGCUCUGCCGGCAGCCAAAGUGCUGAUUCUCCUCGAGGCCACAGUGAAAGGUAUUCCUCAGAGAGUUCUGGGCUCUGCAUCGUAUCAGGUCGGCAAGAUGGACGUGCUGAAUGGAACGCCGGCUCUGUUCCUCGUGCUCCUACUCUACAACAGCAGCAUGCUCUCCGCCUACAUCGAGGACGAGAGGUUCUUCCAGUGCCUCCAGACGCUGGUGGGCUGCGGGCUGUCGGGCCCCACCUCCCCUCUGGCGUUUGGGGAGGCGGUGCUGGGGGCCGUGAGGCGCAGCGCUGCCUCCGUGCAGAACAAGGAGCAGCUGUGGAGGAUGUGGAGCCUGGUGGUCAGCCCGCUCACAGACACCAUCACACAGUCGAAUGAAGUCAACCAAGGAGACGCUCUGGAGCACAACUUCAGCGCCGUGCACUCUGCGCUGCUGUUCCCCGUCACACACCUGCUGCGCGGCACCCCACUACAGCAGGCGGCUCAGAAGUCGAUGCUGUCCUCGUGGUCCAAACUGUACAAAGUGUUCGCUCGCUGCUCAGCGCUGGUGGUCACGGCCGAGGAGAACAUCUGCUGCGAGGAGCUGUGCGUGAAGAUGGCCGCUGUGAUGGACAGAGACGCCCUGAUGGUUCCUUCCACAUUAAAUGCAGUGUCCAGUAUCCUCCAGGUCAUGGUGGAGUGUGUGGACUUCUCGCCGUACUCUCCUCAGUUUCAGCAAAAGCUAAAGUCUCCUCACACUCCUGUGAACUGGAUGAAGAAAAAGAACAAGGUUUUGGGGAAUCUGUCCACCUUCCAGUCCCUGCUGGUCCACUGUCUGGAGGUUUUUCUGGAGGAAGAUUCCUCUGACGCCACAGGACUCGCUCUGGCCUCCGUCAUGUCGGCUCUCUUCACAAACUUCAGUCUCCCCAACACCGUCACAGAAGCUCUGAACUCUCUGGUUCCUCCUCUCACUCUGUUCUGCAAACAAGCAGCCAGUGAGCCGCCCAAAUUCUCCUCUCAGCUGCAGGCAAAGUUGGAGAAGCUCCUCAGCGACGUGCUCGGCUGCCUGCAGACUCGCUCCACGCUGGCGUACAACGAUGAACUCCUGGCUCUUCUCUCUCCUCUGCUGUGUGUGAUGUUUCCUCACAAGAACAAGCAGCUCCGCACCGCCGUCGCUCACUUCUGGAACUCCAGCUUCGGAAACUCAGCCAGCCUCACCUACCCCGAGGAGAUCAGACCAAUAUUGAGCAAGGUGAAGCAGAAGACCCCGAUCAUCCUCCCUGGCUUCGAGGUGGUCGAUGUUCCCGAUGAUCUCAGUGGACAGUAUUCAAGUGACAGUUCCCAGUUGGAAACGAAACUCAGUGGCAUCCAGGUGUCGUCUGUGGGGAAGAGAGACUCUCUGCUGAAGGCUGCUGAGCUCCAGAACAAGAGAUCACCGAAAACCUCCAAACCCGUUUCUACAAAGCUUGACUUUGGCUCCCCGAAGCCCCCCCGCAGAGGAGUUUUGGACGAAGAGGCCUCCAUCGACUUCGUCUUUAUUCCUCCUGAGACCAAGGAGCGAGUGCUGACUGAGCACCAGAAGGAGGUGAAAAGGACAAAAAGGGUCGACAUCCCUGCCAUGUACAACAACCUUGAUGCCUCUCUGGAUACGACGGUGUUCACCCAGUACACCCAGAGCCAAGAGGACUCUUCGGACAAACUGGCAUCUGAACAAGCUGACAAGGUUACAGAUGAGGAGGCUACUGGCAAGGUUCCUCAGGAAGAUGUUGAAACAGAGGAAGACCAUGAAGUUCUAACCAAAGACACUCAAGACUAUGCCAGUCCAAAAGCAGUAGAUGCUAUGCCUGAAAACCGUAUUCAGGAAGAUAUGAUUCCUGAUUCCAGAGAUGUUUCUAUGGAGGACGAUACCAUUAGUGAUAGAGCAGAAGACUUGGAAAUGCAGUCUAAAGAAGGCCCAAGUCCUGACAUCUCUGGUUCUUCAGAUUUGGUCUCUGGGACUCCUCAGAAACAAAACAGUCGCCGUCAGUCCUUCAUCACUCUGGAGAAGUAUGCUGAGGGGAAAGCUGGUAGUCCCAGCAGUACUUUCACAGGUCCCCUAAUAAAGACCUCCGAUAGCCAAGAACGCUCCAACGCAAAGUCGUCCUCUCAGGUUUCACAGACAUCCAGUAGUCCUAAACCCCAAGGUUCCCAGUCCUCUCAGACAGGGAAAGUUAAAUCGGCGAGUCCUGUGACUGACGCUUUUGAGUCCCCUGUAAGACCAAAAGACUCUAGAAAAAGAACUGAGCCGGUAAAGCUGACUGUGAGACUGGCCAUCGACCCAACAGAGGACGAAGACGUUAUCCCUGACACCCAGACUGAAGGGGAGGACAAAGAAAGUACAAAAAGUGCCUCGUCAUCAGAGGAAACAAAACCCUCAAGCCAGGAAGAGCAAUCUGAUGCGGCUCUAGAUAAUUCUCAAUCUUCUCUGUCGGAGACUUCUCAAAGCGAACGAAGACGUUCUGGGCGCACCAGAGUCAGACCUCUGCUGCCUGGAGAGAACCCUGAAGAUAAAAACACGCUGUUGAAAAGGCGACAUUCUGGAGAGGAACCUAAAAGUGAUUCUUCAAAGUCGAGCAGGCCAAACACAAGAAGUACACCGGUUGCUGAGGAGGACAAUGGCAGAUUACGAACGAGGGCUCAGAGGGACAAGAGUGAGUCGAACCUAACCAACUCUCAGAGAAAAGCAAACAAGAAGAUCAAACUGUUCAACAAUUCGGCGGACUUCCUUGAUGAACCUGAACCCAAAAGGCGAAGCACCAGAGACUCCAGCCAAACUGAUUUGCUGGCUGAUAAUGAAAGUCAGUCACAGGGUAAGCAAAGGCAGAGGAGCAAAGCAUCGAUGGAGCACAAGGAGAAAAAGGAUUCGGCUGACGUUGUAGAACAGGCUAAUGAGGAUGAGGAAAAGCCAAAGAAAGAUUCUCAAAUAAUCACUCAAACUAGUGCCAUACCCCAAGAGAUGGAGAUUGAAGAACAGACCAACAAUGACAUUGAUUCUCAGACUGUACAAGAUGGUGAAAAGCUAGAAAAAGACUCUCAAAUGAUCGCUUCUCCUCAAAUUCAGGGCCAAUCCCAAGAGUCCGAGCUUAUAGAAAAGCCCAACAAUGAAAAGAAAGAUUCUCAGAUAAUCGCUUCUCCUUCAACUAAUGACGAGUCCGGAGAUACAACGAGCACGACAGAGAAGUCGGUGAAUGAAUCGGAGGUUAAAGACCAACUUAAGACAAGGGAAGCCACAGAUGAUGACCUUAGUCAAGGGGACUCUCAAGUGAUCACCCCCUCAUCUUCUGAAAGCCAGUCUCGGCGCAGAUCCGGAAGAAGCAAGGCAUCAUCUGAGGCAACGGGGUCUGAAAGUAAAAGUGAGAAUAAGGAUUCAUUAGAAAGGCGGAGCAGGUCUAAUUCUCAGGCUUCACUGACAGCUGACAGUCAGCCGGAGGCCAGAAAGAGAGGUAGGCCCAAAAAAGUCAAAGUACAAGAGGAUCCCUCAGAGUCGAGUCCUAUCUCAACCCCAGAAAGUUCUCAGUCUUUAGAUACCGCCAAGUCCUCCCAAGGCAGAGGCAAAUCCGUACGUAGAACUUCUGAAGUGUUACCAGUCGCCAGUACAGAGUCUGAAAGCCAAGAGGCCAAAGAAGAUCCCCCAAUGCCCAAAAAGAGGGGAAGGAAACCUCGACUGUCUCUUCCAUGUCCUCUCACCGUUGAAUCUAAAGAAAGCCAAAUUACUAACGAUAUGGUCAAAGGUGAUUCUGAUGCUUCUCAAAAGGCAGAAUCACAAAGUGUAGAAGCUAAAGCAGACUUGGAGGACUUAGAGGAAUCUCAGAAUUCUGAAUCGCUCCAGAUAAACACUGAGGAGCAAGGUGACGCAGAAUCACAGAAGGAGGUGGAGGUUGAUGAUGUUGACAACGCAAAGGAGAGCCAAUCGCUCACCGCUUCACCUCUCAAGGAGCAAACUCAAGUUACUGAGAUGACCUCUUCACAGGAAGGGGACACUGGAGACUUGCCCUCUGCUGAUAUGCCUGAAUCAGCUGGAAUCAGUACUGAACAGAAUCAAGAAGAGUUGCCAUGUGACCCUUCUGUUGAGGACACACUGGAGCCCUCUGUUGAGUUGAUAGAAAAACUCCAGGUCUCCGAGUCUUCAGAGGAGAAAGCUGCUGAGCCUAGUGAGGAAGUUGCAGAGAAACAAGAGGAUGGUUCAGAUUCAAUGGAUCAAGAACCUCCAGUUUCAGCCGAGGAACCGGAUGUCGUUUCAGCCGAGGAACCGGAUGUCGUUUCAGCCGAGGAACCGGAUGUCGUUUCAGCGGAGGAACCGGAUGUCGUUACAGCCGAGGAACCGGAUGUCGUUUCAGCCGAGGAACCGGAUGUCGUUACAGCCGAGGAUCCGGAGUUCGUUACAGCCGAGGAUCCGGAGUUCGUUACAGCCGAGGAUCCGGAGUUCGUUACAGCCGAGGAUCUGGAGUUCGUUUCAGCCGAGGAUCUGGAGGUCGUUCCAGCCGAGGAUCUGGAGGUCGUUCCAGCCGAGGAUCUGGAGGUCGUUCCAGCCGAGAAUCUGGAGGUCGUUCCAACCGAGGAUCUGGAGGUCAUUCCAGCGGAGGAAGAAGCUGAAGACCGUGACACUACUUUCGUUGAACAAGUCUCUCCCGAGUGUCAAAAUGUCAUCGAUGAUUUGUCAAAGGUUGAAGAACAGUCCACCUCUAGCAAAGAAGGCGAAUCAACAUACCAGCACACAGAGUACACCAGUGCAGAAAGCGCCAUUUUAGAGCGUCAGUACGAAGAGGAAUCUCGAGCCCUCCACAGUUUGAACGAUGUUGUCGCAAAUUUGGAUGCUGCUCUGGCUCAAGUUUCUCCAGUGAAGCAGAAGGACCUGGAGGCUUUAAUGGCGGCAGAUCUCGGCCAAAGCCCAAGCAGCAGGACCAGAGGAACCUGGUCUCCUACAGCCUCCCCAUCCACAAGUAUCCUUAAGAAGGGUCUGAAGAGACCGCUCGAGGAUGAGACUCCCUCACCCAUUAUCAAAUCGAGGCGUGUGUCUUUUGCUAAUCCGAUCCAACAUCAGGAAAUUGCGGACGACAUUGAUCGUCGCAGCCCUGCGCUCAGAACCAGCUCCCCGAGAAGAAACAAAGGCAGCUGUAUCCCACAGCCAAAGUAUGUCACGACUCCAACAAAGGGCCUGCUGAUCCUGAGUCCCAGAAAUCUGCACAGUCCAGGCUACAAGAGCUCCAAGAAAUGCCUGAUUUCCGAAAUGAGCAAGGAUCGUCCCGUCUCCAAAGACUGCAUCUACCCUGCUCUGGUCGGCUGCUCGGCGCCAGUAGAAGCUGUGCUGCCGCAGAUCUCCUCCAACAUGUGGUCUCGGGGUUUCGGGCAGCUGGUUCGAGCCAGAAACAUCAAAACUGUCGGCGACCUCAGCGCUCUCACUCCCACUGAAAUCAAGACUUUACCAAUUCGCUCCCCGAAGAUCUCCAACGUCAAAAAGGCGCUAAAGAACUACGAACAACAACGUAAAGGACGAGGCUUUGAUGAGUUGAAGAGUUUGGAUGACUUGGAGAUGAUGACCUCUGAACUGGAGGAGACCAGUGCUCCUCAGAACCAGGAUGAAGACGACAAGACCUCAGAGACGCUAGCUACAGCGCUGAUAGACGAGCCGAUUCCUGCUGACGGUCCCAUGGAGGACGACUGCCCCAAAAACCUGACUCCUGACACACCUGCCGGAGAACACACACCUGCAGGACGGCUGCAGGCGGAGGUGGAGGCUCUGAGCCACAGCAUGACACCACAGGAACUUAAUAACUGCUCCUCUCAGCAGCUGGUCCAGAUCCACGAUCAGUUAUCGGGCAUGACGAGGAGCAUCGUGGUCGAGCUGCAGACGCGAAUCUGCGAAAAAGAAGACAAACGCUGACAGCAGAUGUUGAAAAACACAUAAAGACAGAUCUAUUUAAGCUUCAACAAGACUUGACGGAUUUAACAAAGAAAGAUUUUAUGCUUGUAACUCUGAAUGCCUUGUCUCAUCACCUCGAAUCUUCCUUACUUAAAGUGGUUUUUUUAAUAAAUGCUAGCAGCACUUUUUUAGUAUUUGUAGAUUGGGCUGUUGGAUAGUUUAUAAAAUGUUAGGAAGCACUCCAAGGGAAGCACAGUCACACUUUUUAAGCGGUAUUAUUAAUUUUACUAGUGUCCACAUGAAUGGCUUCUUGCUCCACUUAACUAAUGUUUAAGUUGUGUACAUAUGCUACCCUCAUUUACAUCCAUGGGCCUGUUUUUUAGGCUGUUUACAAUUCAACCUAUCGGUGCUCUUGUAUAUUUUGUAAAAUGUUCUGUAAUUUCAGUUGAUUGUCUUUUUGCAGUUUUAAAGUCUUGAAGCAAACUUUAGAUGGUAGUAGACAGUCUUCACUUCUGUCUUUUUAUUGAAGCAUUUAAAACUCCAAAUAAAGAACUUGUGAUUUUAAGUUCAAUAACAUUAA